AACCUGGAAGCGGAUCUGAGUCUGACGACUCGAGCUUCACUAGCUUUCCCUCGCUGCCAUCUCUCUCGUCCGACGAUGGGGCUGAAUACAGACUCAAAGUGCAUCUGCGGCAACUUGAGGCUGAACAAAUUCGUUCAGUUACGAGACGACACAGCACUCGCGAAAGUGUCCGGCCAAGGGCCUCGAUGUCGGUACCACAGCCUCCAGCUGGGGCCAUGGCAGCACAAGCCGUGACAAUUGGCCACGAGCAAAAGCAGCCCCCCGCAUCAACUCCCAAGCUCUUGGCCACCAAAUACUCGGGCCUUGCCCGUGGCUUCAAGCCAAGGCCAGUGACUGCCCCUACGACUCUCAAAGAGCGAGCCAUCGCUGCUUCUUGCAGCCAUGACACGCAAGUCGAUAGCGAUGCCGCUUUGAAGCUGAGCGAAGUGAUUCAGUCCUUGGAAUGGUGGGUCGACCAUAGACUUUGCCCUGGCUUCGAGUCUUGGACCGAGUCACAUCUUCCAACCGAGCUUGAACAGGCUCAUGUUGCGCAGGGUCAUAUCGAGCUUCGCACUCCGCCUCCAGCCCAGAACUUGGACCAGUCCGUUUGUCGGGGCGAGUUCGAUUGUCUCAUGAGCUCCUGGAGACCCGUUGUGGAGAGCAACUCCAGCAAAGCCACUGUCAAGGUCGAAGCACGUCCGCCCAAGGUCCUCCUCGACAAAGUCAAGAAAGCGGAAAGACGAACAAGCAAGCCGCCAUCAACUCGAAUUGGUGACCUCAGUGGUGGCAAUGGCGAAGAGGUUUCUGCAAAACAUGCGAUGAGCGACAAAGACAGACGUGCUGCGUACGGUCCCUGGUACAUCGUUCCCAGCAAAUGGAAGGCAGUCCUUGACAAGCGAACCAACCCGGAGAUCAAACAUGCCGGCAUUUACGCCGUGCAUCCGGAUGUACCGCGAAGCUCGUUCGUGGUUGAAAAGCUAAAGCAGAUGAUCGAGGAUCGCGCAAAGGCAGAUCAAUUGGCUCUGCAGGAUGUUGUUGUUCAGUCCCCUCCUCGGUCGAUAUCAGCAUUUAGCCGUACUGAGCCGGUGACUUCCUCCCGAUCCAUGUCGAUCUUUAGCCACGCAGAUUCACUACCACCGGCAUCGUCGAUGGCCCAGCUAUCUCCGCGCAGACAAGCAUCCGUUUCCAGUGCGAACAGCUCGCGCCGGUCGCUACAUCGACUCAGUAUCGACUAUUCUCCAAUGCGAACCUUCUCGAUAUCGACCCCGCUGCAGCUCCCAGGACUGGAUGAAUAGGGUCGCAAAGGAGGCGCCGCGAUAUCGAG